AUGGCUGGACACCAUCACGAACAUGAACAAGAGCGCGACCACGAGCAAGAACACGAACACGAUUCCCUUCAACGGCCUACUACUGGAUCAGAAAGGACUAGAAGUAUAUCCUUUUCGAAGUUGCUUACGCGGUCAUGGAAAAGGAAUGCGAGUUCAUCGAACAACAUGAGUGUGUCUAGCGUGAAUCUGUAUUCGGAUCCAGAGAACUCGAGAGAAUCAGAUCACAAUAAUAGUGGCUCAGAGGGCCAGUCUUCACGAUUUUCUAAAUUGAAAAGUAUGUUCCAAUCCGGCAAUAGCAGCAAAAAUGCCAGUGCCCAUAACAGCAGCCAAAGCAGUCUUGAAGGUGACUCGGCGUCAUCUUCAUCUAAGUUAAGAUACGUUAAACCAAUGACUUCUGUUGCCAAUGCUUCUCCGGCAUCUCCACCACUUUCUCCCACGAUCCCGGAAACGGAUGUUCUUCAAACACCAAAGAUGGUACAUAUAGAUCAACAUGAACAUGAGCGUGAACACUCGAAUUGCGGGUCUCCAAUAAUGCUUUCAUCAUCCUCUUUCAGUCCUACUGUUGCCAGGACUGGGACGGGUAGGAGAAGAUCACCGUCUACUCCGAUAAUGCCCAGUCAGAACUCGAAUAACUCUAGUAGCACCUCUGCUAUCAGACCAAAUAAUUAUCGUCACCAUUCAGGAUCUCAGGGGUUUUCUUCCAACAAUCCAUUCAGAGAAAGGGCAGGUACGGUACGCAGUAGUAACCCAUAUUUUGCAUACCAAGGUCUACCAACUCAUGCCAUGUCUUCUCACGACCUCGAUGAAGGAUUCCAACCAUAUGCAAAUGGCAGCGGCAUUCACUUUUUGUCCACCCCCACCUCGAAGACAAAUUCUUUGACAAACACCAAAAAUUUAAGUAAUUUAUCACUAAACGAGAUUAAGGAAAAUGAAGAAGUGCAAGAAUUCAAUAACGAGGAUUUCUUCUUUCACGAUAUUCCGAAAGAUUUAUCGCUCAAAGAUACGCUGAAUGGCUCACCCAGUAGAGGUAGUUCCAAGAGCCCCACGAUUACUCAAACGUUCCCUUCAAUCAUUGUCGGAUUUGACAAUGAGUACGAGGAAGAUAACAACAAUGAUAAACAUGAUGAAAAGGAAGAACAACAAACGACAACCGACAAUAAAACGAGAAAUCUUUCACCUACCAAACAAAAUGGUAAAGCUACCCAUCCAAGGAUAAAAAUACCUUUAAGAAGAGCAGCUUCAGAACCAAACGGGUUGCAACUCGCAUCUGCCACAUCGCCGACAUCUUCUUCAGCAAGGAAAACAUCAGGGUCCAGUAAUAUAAACGACAAAAUCCCAGGCCAAUCAGUGCCUCCUCCAAACUCAUUUUUCCCUCAAGAACCCUCUCCAAAGAUUUCUGAUUUUCCAGAACCUAGGAGGUCCCGACGUUUGAGAACUAAAUCUUUCAGCAAUAAAUUUCAAGAUAUCAUGGUGGGACCACAGUCUUUUGAGAAAAUAAGAUUGCUGGGCCAAGGUGAUGUAGGUAAAGUUUUCUUAGUAAGAGAGAAAAAGACGAAUAGAGUGUAUGCUUUGAAAGUCUUGAGUAAAGACGAAAUGAUAAAAAGAAAUAAAAUCAAACGUGUUCUGACAGAACAAGAGAUUCUUGCCACCAGCAAUCAUCCCUUCAUCGUCACACUAUACCAUUCGUUCCAAUCUGAAGACUAUUUGUAUCUCUGUAUGGAAUACUGUAUGGGCGGGGAGUUUUUCAGAGCUUUACAAACAAGGAAAACCAAAUGUAUAUGUGAAGACGAUGCCAGGUUUUAUGCCAGUGAAGUGACAGCAGCACUAGAAUAUUUACAUCUGUUGGGUUUUAUCUAUAGAGAUUUAAAACCAGAGAAUAUUUUGCUGCAUCAAUCAGGCCAUAUCAUGCUUUCUGACUUCGACUUGUCUAUUCAGGCUAAAGAUUCCAAGGUUCCUGUUGUCAAGGGUUCCGCUCAAUCAACCCUUGUUGAUACCAAAAUAUGCUCAGAUGGGUUUAGAACCAAUUCCUUUGUCGGAACUGAAGAAUAUAUUGCCCCUGAAGUCAUAAGAGGUAAUGGCCACACCGCUGCGGUCGAUUGGUGGACGCUAGGGAUUUUGAUCUAUGAAAUGUUAUUUGGUUUCACUCCAUUCAAAGGCGAUAACACAAAUGAAACUUUUACGAAUAUUUUGAAAAAUGAGGUCAGUUUUCCCAAUAACAAUGAAAUCUCCAGAACUUGUAAGGAUUUGAUCAAAAAAUUACUGACAAAAAAUGAAUCUAAAAGACUGGGUUGCAAAAUGGGCGCUGCCGACGUGAAGAAACACCCCUUUUUCAAGAAAGUCCAAUGGUCUUUGCUGAGAAAUCAAGAACCGCCUCUGAUACCAGUGUUAUCUGAGGAUGGAUAUGAUUUUGCUAAAUUAUCAUCUAAUAAGAAGAGACAGACUAGUCAAGACAGCCAUAAACAUCUCGAUGAGCAAGAGAAAAAUAUGUUUGAAGAACGAGUUGAAUACGACGAUGAAGUCUCUGAAGAUGAUCCAUUCCAUGACUUCAAUUCAAUGAGUUUGAUGGAACAGGAUAACAAUUCAAUGAUUUAUGGUAAUACCAAUUCUUAUGGGAAAAUUGCAUACACUCCAAACUCCAACAGAUCGAGGAGUAAUAGUCAUCGAACCUUUUUUAAGAGAUAA